UUAACAGACACUAAAGAAGGGAAUCGAGCUAUAGCGAUCGACAGAAUGUUCUAGAAUGGUCAUGUGAUGUCCGGAGAGCAGUAAUGUCGCACUUUUAAAAAAAUACUCUUGACGUACGCGUCUGUUUCUUAUAGGAGUUCGUUCGCCGUCGUAAAAAAAUAAACAGGUUUAAUUGUAAAACAGCGUUUCGGAGUUGUUUAGGGUAUAAAACAUAGGGAGGUUUCGAUGCGAUACGUUUUAAAGGAAUAUUUUCUCGUUAUUAAAGCAGCGAGGGGGAAGAAGGGAGCACGUGAGGGGUUCUUGUCCAAUGGGAUUGGGCGCUUUCAGCAGGAGGGUAUAAAUACCAGGCGGUUGCCGUGAGAGACAUCCGGCAUUGAUGACUGACCAUUCAAAGAAACCGUGUUAUUUCAAACGUAUUCAUGUAUAUGAUGUUAAUUUGUUCUGUUGGCGUUGAAAACUAAGCUCAAAAAUCUUCACGUCGUUUUCAAAGAGGGUUUUUCGGGCGCAAAGCAUCAACAAGAUCCUUCGGUUGGUGAAGUUUUCCAGCAGAGCUCAUCCUGCGCUGCAUCGUCUGUCUCAGUUCGGCAGUUUAAACUUUCUUUGUCGUUCCCGAGACGGAAAGUGGCACAGACAGUGGGUGUGUAAUGCUCACUGAGCUGCCUAGGUUUAGUUGCAAAAGCCCUUUCCAUACUGGUCACCACUUCCUGGAACGGCUCAGACCAUGUCUGAUGUGAAACCCCCACAGAAUGGGAAUCCCCCUCCCCCCCAGUUCAAGAACCCCAAAAAGCCUGGGCGCCUCACCAAUCAGUUGCAGUAUCUAGAAAAAGUGGUGAUUAAGUCCCUGUGGAGACAUCAAUUCUCCUGGCCUUUCAGACAGCCUGUGGAUGCAGUCGGACUCCAUUUGCCAGAUUAUUAUGCAAUCAUCAAGAACCCUAUGGACUUGAGCACCAUUAAAAAGCGUCUUGAAAACAAUUACUACUGGAAGGCAAUGGAGUGUAUAGAAGACUUCAACAACAUGUUCACAAACUGUUACGUGUACAAUCGGCCAGGAGAUGACAUUGUUCUGAUGGCUCAAGCCCUUGAGAAGCUUUUUUUGGAGAAGGUGGCAAAGAUGCCUCAAGAUGAGUUUGAGAUCUCUGCACUGACAACUAAAGCUCCUGUGAAAGGAGGAAGGAAGGCAACAGCAGUGUUAAAGAGGCCACAGUCUCCUGUGUCUGAAGUGGUUUUCCAACAAACAGUGACCGUCAUCCCUCGGGAUGCUCUCCACACAAUUCCCUCUGCUCCCCUGUCUGCACAACUCUCAGCCAAAUUGAAAAAUGGUGUGAAAAGAAAAGCAGAUACUACGACCCCUUCUGCCUCUUCCAUCACCAGUUGUGAGUCGUCCCCUUGUGUAACAGAACCAAAAGUCCUUAAGUUAUUCUCCAGGCGAGGCAGCGGCCGACCCAUCAAACCUCCCUGUAAAGACCUUCCUGAGUCACCACCACAACAUCAGGUGGGCAGAAGGACCAAACUCUCAGAGAGACUCAAAUACUGCAAUGCCAUCCUGAAAGAGAUGUUUGCCAAAAAGCAUUCUGCUUACGCCUGGCCCUUUUAUAAGCCUGUAGAUGCUAAGGCACUGGGCCUUCUUGAUUAUCAUGAAAUCAUUCACCAACCUAUGGAUAUGAGUACCAUCAAAAACAAGAUAGAAGCUCGUGAGUACACCGAUGCAUUGCAAUUCGCUUCAGAUGUGCGGCUCAUGUUCUCAAACUGCUACAAAUACAAUCCACCCGGCCAUGAGGUAGUGGCCAUGGCAAGAAAACUUCAGGAUGUUUUUGAGUUUCGCUUCUCCAAGAUUCCUGACGAGCCGAGGAAUUCAGCACCAUCCUCUAGUCAGAACAGAGUAAGGAAGGAGAGAGCACACAGUCCGUCCAGCUCUGAGAGCAGUGACAGCGAAUCAUCGUCUCCAUCAGAAAACUCCUCAGACACAGAAGAUGAAGAGGAGAGAGUGCAGAGGCUUGCCAGCCUGGAGGAACAGCUGAAAGCAGUACGAGAGCAGCUGCAGUUGCUGACCCAGACACCUCUCUUGAAACCAAAGAAAAGGGAAAAGUCCAAGAAGAAGAGGAAGAAAGAGAGAGAGUCCAGUAAGCGAAAAGGUGAAGAAAUGAAGAAACCGGCAAAAAUACAGAAGAGGUCUAACAGCAAGGCAUCAGGGCGGAAGGAGAGCAGAGCAUAUGACUCCGAGGAAGAGAUGAAUACAUUACCCAUGUCUUAUGAGGAGAAACGGCAACUGAGUUUGGACAUUAACAAGCUUCCUGGAGACAAGCUUGGCAAAGUAGUGAACAUCAUCAAGGCGCGAGAACCCUUGCUCAGGGACACAGACCCUGAGGAGAUCGAGAUCGACUUUGAGACUCUCAAACCUUCAACUCUUCGAGCUCUCGAGUGCUAUGUUGUCGCUUGCCUCCAAAAGAAACUGAAAGAAACUGAGAAAAAGAAGCUCCAGAAGAAGUCUAAAAUCAAGGAAAUGGACAAAGAGCUGCAACACACACAUGGAGAAUCAAAUAAUAAAAAGGCCAAAAUUGAAGCGGAAGGGGAGUUUAAAGACAUGAGCCGUCCGUCUCGUCUGAGUGACAGCAGCAGCAGCUCAUCCAGCUCUGACAGCAGUAGUAGUGACUCUAGCUCCUCUGAUAGCUGUGACUCUGAUUCAGAACAGAAAGCUAAGAGGAAGCAAAGCAAAGCCCAUGGCCAUGCCCACAAAAUUAAAAACAAGGCAUCGCGGCAGGCCGUUGCUGAGGUAAAGGGCUCUUCUUCUGCCUCAGUCAUAACGUGCCAGUCUCGUCCAGCAUCACUAGUCUCAGAGGCAGACUCCAAAGACCUGUUUGCGUCACAACAAGCAAGGCAUCCUGCCGAGGACAUCAUCAUGGCAAUCCCAGCAUUACACAGCCGGCUGCCUCCUCAGCCAUCCAGACCUAGUGGCAAAGCUGCCCCACUACCUCGUAAAACCUGGACUGCCCCUUUACCGCUCAGCCUACCUCCAGACCAGGCCAUCAACCCUUUAUACUCGUCGUUCCCCCGUAGUCCUUCACUCGACCUGCAGGUCUCUCAGGUUGGCCCCCCAUCACCUGCUGCUGCAGAGAAGCCUCCACUUAAAUCUGAGCAGGAAGGUGUUCCUCCUCUUCUGUCACCACUGACCUCACCUCCUGCAGCCAUGCCUGUCACAGGAUGCCAGCCUACCUCCAGCUCUCAGUUUGAGCAAUGUAAAUUGUUGUCACCUCUGCAUGAGAGUCCAUUAACCAACAUGAGGGAUGAGCAGAGCUGCCCAGAGACACUGGAAGAGCCCUCCGUUCAGCUGCACAAAAUGCACGGAGCUAAGUACGAUGGCAGUGAGCUAUGCAAGCCUAUUCAAGAUGCCAAAUCCAACCUGCCUAAAAAGGAUAUUGUCCUAAAGCAUGCUGACUCCUGGACAAGCUUGGGGAAGAUGGCUACUCAAACUCCUUGCCCAAUCAAAUCAUCCAAGGAAAGUUUCCAGCAGUUUCGCAAAGUUGCCAUGGAGAAAGAGGAACGAGAGAGAGCUCGUAAACUGCAGAUGGAAGCUGGUCGAGAGAAGAGCAGCACAGACAAAAGCGGUCUGACGCAGCAGCUUCAAAUAACCAAGCUAGACUGCCCGCUGGAGUCAGCAGAGCUGCCUCUGAUUGCAGCCAUCUUGGAUACCCCCAAAUCCCCUGAGCCCUCCUCUCUUCCACAGAGCUCUGUAGACAGAGAACGAGAGAUGGCCCGCAAGAGAGAGCAGGAGCGCCGCAGGAGAGAGGCUGUUCUGUAA